ACUGGUACCACGACGUCAGUGUCUCUGGCUCUGAGCUGAGCUGGUCGGGGCCAGCAGCAACGUCACUCCCUGACGGCGGCAUCAGAGCAACGGACGGCCAUCCGCGCGGCGCAGUAGCAACUCGCUCGCGGAACUCAACGGAAGAAGACAACGUCGGACAGCGGCGCUUUGCACUGUUGUGGGACACAUCGGCUAGACGGCGACCCUGCGCGUUUGUACCUCAGCAUCUGAGUAAUACCCAAGACCUCAAGGCUUGAGCAAACCCAGGAUGGUGAUUACUAGCGUGGCAUCCCUCAGAAGGACAUCGCUGGCUGUAGAGGCAGAGAGCAGAUGUUUACUUUGAAGAGGAGCACUGUGGAGAGGAGGUAGUAACAGGUGCUGCUUGCCAAGGUGAAUUUGGAGGUGUGGAAGAGAGCUGAAGAUCAUGGGUAAAUCAAACAGCAAGCUCAAGCCUGAGGUGGUAGAGGAGUUAACAAGAAAAACCUACUUUACAGAGAAAGAGGUGCAGCAGUGGUACAAAGGCUUCAUCAAGGAUUGUCCCAGUGGACAGCUGGAUGCCGUGGGCUUUCAGAAGAUAUAUAAGCAGUUUUUUCCGUUUGGAGAUCCCACAAAGUUUGCUUCAUUUGUCUUCAAUGUAUUUGAUGAAAAUAAGGAUGGACGCAUUGAGUUCUCUGAGUUCAUCCAGGCCUUGUCAGUAACCUCCCGGGGGACUCUGGAUGAGAAACUGAGAUGGGCUUUCAAAUUGUAUGAUCUUGACAAUGAUGGCUACAUAACCCGUGAUGAGAUGUUAAACAUCGUUGAUGCGAUAUAUCAGAUGGUGGGGAACACGGUGGAGUUACCUGAGGAAGAAAACACACCAGAAAAGCGAGUGGAUCGUAUUUUUGCAAUGAUGGACAAGAAUGCAGAUGGGAAGCUGACUCUGCAGGAGUUUCAGGAAGGCUCCAAGGCAGACCCCUCUAUUGUUCAGGCCCUGUCGCUUUAUGAUGGACUUGUGUAGAAAUGUCAGAUGGGUCCAGUUCAGCAUCCUCCUGUCUAUUAAACACCAAUGCAGCGCCAUCGCACCUGUAAUGGGCUGAAGCCUCAUUUAAUCUGAUCACCCAAAGGUGGACUUCAAACUUUUGUUGCACGGCCCAUACAGCAUCUGUGUCAAGUAGCUGUUUGUCUACAUUUCCACUAAGGAUAGUGAACAAAAACUCCUCUGAUGUGACGGAGAAGUCAAGCCUGUCAGCACAACCCCUGGUCAUUUCUUUGUGCUCCUACAGCUGCGUAGCGCCCUGCACACCUGUGAGCAUUGUGGGCAGUGUUCAAGCAUCUUUGCAAGCGCAGUAUUGCGGUUUUCCAGUGGACAAUCCAAGGAAACAAGCUCCCUGCAAAAAUGUUUGUGUGUUUCUUGGUCACAUGCUCUAAAGCACUGGAUGUGAGUGAACUGCUCAGAGAGACUGUGUUGCUGCUUCAUCACCACAUGGAAAGACUUUCAAUUUCAGUCUGAGAAAAUUGUGUUACUCAGUGAUAACAUGAACACUAACUUAAAGUUACAAAGCAGUAUAGUGUAUAUUGUAUAAUGUAAAUAUAAUGGUAAUUUAUUUUCUGCUUUGCUGCGUUUAUGAGAAUUUCCUCAUAAAUAUGGAUUGAAAUUUUUAUUUUUACCAAAAGUUAAAAAUAUUGCACUGUACUUUUCCUUGUUAUUAUUAUUGAUGGAUUGUUCCUUUUUCACUUUGAGGUUUCCUUUUCUUGAUUUUAUCUGAAGAGGAAUGUUUAAGUAGCACAGAGUUUUCUAUAGAUUAUUUUAUUAUGUUUGCAGUCCGUCCAGCCUGUUGUGUUUUCAUUUUCCUGUUAGCACGAGCAAAUAGUGUUGGUCCUGUUGCAUACUUACAUCCUGAACGACAUGACCAAGCAACUAAACAAAUUCUCACAGCUUUACAUUAGAAUUGAGGCUGAGUGUUUCUUUUAAGAGCAUUGCACUCUGUCCUUGCCAACACAAAGCCCUGCUCAUUGAGAGCCACUAACAAGACACCAAUGCUGGUAGUAAAGCUUCUGUGAGUCCAUUGGUUGCAAUUGUCUACUUGGUAUUUGUCCUGUGUGAGGCCUGAGCAUGCCAUACCUUUUUCCACACUUUGAUUAUUUAUUUUAUCUACAUUCUAUUUUAUUGGAUCUACAUGUUUUUUUUCCAUCAGCUACACUGAUGUUUUAUGCCUUAUGCAAAUUAUUAUUUACCUAUUUGUUAAUGUCAUUUCUUUGUUUAAUUGUAUAAGAGCACAGAAUAAAAUGCAUUUAAGUGGCUAAAAUUUCAAUUACUGUAUUUUUAGUUUGUAAAGGAUAAAAAAACCUUAAUUAGUUUUUAUAUACAGGUGUUUUGGAUCAUUUUAAGAGGCUGCUUUGUAGAUUGAUUGUUGCUCAUGUGUUUUAUUUUUAGAAUUUUAAAACUUCCGUGAUGAUAAUCACAAUUUAAGAUAACAUCCAAUAUUGCACAGACUCUAAUGCAUUGUAUUAAAAAUGGAAUCUGUUCUAGGUCCAGUAUUGCUCUGCUGCCCCACCGAUAACGAAAGGUGUCAUGUUGAGCUUCAGUGCCUGUUAUGCUUUGCAGCACAGAAUAACUUGCCAACUUGCUCUGUGGUGUAAGCCUUCACUGUAUGGAUGUGUGAUGAACAAUGAACUAUGAAACUGUGAUGUCUUGCAUUGAUCGAUGAAUUAAUGAAGCUUGGCGGCUUUUGAUCCUUGGAUCUGCUCAGAGCCGCUUUUUGUUUUCUUCUCAUCAAGGACAUACAAGUGAUAUCAAGAGGAGGAAAUGUCCAGAGCUUUGACCAGAGACUGUUAUGUCCUUUGGCUACAUCCUUGAUUCUUCUUUUUUUUUUUCUUUUUUUGUAUUUGCAGCAUGUGUUACUAAGUGCAGUAAAACACAAGUGUAUUUUGAAG